GCUGGCGGCCUGAUGAUGAUCCAACAGCAGUGCCAGUACAGCACACCAACGCCAACGUACGCCGAGGAAGAAGACCAAUCCAUCCAUAGAGUCGCAUCGCACGCACGGGCCUCACGAGAGGCGAGACGAUGACCUGUGGCCCCUCGUAGCAGUGGCAAACCAGGGGGCAGGGGUGAAUAGGCCGUGUGGGGAUUGCACGCCGCCGAUUUCGUGUCCUUGGAGCCACCGUCCAAUCUCCGCUUCUUUAUCUUCUCCGAGCUGACCUGCCACUGCCAGGAAGGUAGGGAGAGGCCAGGAUGCCCCGCGGCGGCUUCUCGGGGUCACUCAGGUCGCCCAAGAUCGACGUCGUCAUCGACAUGGGGAACCCCUUCCUCAACCGCACCGUCGACGGCUUCCUCAAGAUCGGCGCCGUCGGCGCCUGCAAGGUGGCCGCCGAGGAGACCUUCGAUUGCCUCCACAGGGGGGAUGUUUCAAAGCACAAGGUUAAGCAUGCCCUGAAGAAGAUGUGCCAGGAGGGUGCAUAUUGGGGUACUGUUGCUGGAGUUUAUGUGGGCAUGGUGUAUGGCGUGGAAAGGGUCCGUGGUCGCAAUGACUGGAAGAAUGCGAUGAUAGGAGGCGCCUUAUCUGGUGCUCUGAUCUCUGGUGCCAGCAACAACCACAAAGACAAGAUCAUCAAGGAUGCCAUUACCGCUGGGGCGGUCGCAACAGCUGUCGAGUUCAUCAACUGCCUUACCUAGUUGAGCAAGAGCAACUGCAUUUGCAGUGCCAUUGUCGUACAAUAAGAAUAAAGUACUUCUUCAGUGGAUCCAUGUCCAGUUCAAUAAACCACCCAUCUUCAGUCUUCCUUUCUGACCGGCCGUGCUUUCUUCGUGUGGAUAUCCUGAGCAACCUUUUUCGUUACCUUUGCGGUUUGCAGUCGUCAGUUGGUCACUGUGAUUCUGUGAUGGUUUAUUUGAGUGGAGGAGAACUUAUAAGCAUGUUGCAGCAACUGGGGACAAAUUGGGCUUCGUGUGUGCUUUAUGCCAGUGGAUGGAUCUUCAUGAGAAGCAAGUGUCUGAACUUUUCCUCAGAAAAUAAGAUGGUAAUGAUGAUGAGUUACGAA